GUCCUAAGAGUCGCGUCGGCCGCGCCAGAGCCAUCUUUCCUUUAGCGGCGGAACGACGCACGACAAUGACGUCACGGGAGCGACGCUGCCGUGCGUACGGUGGCGGACAGGGCUCAGGAAGACUUGUGGAACGGGGGAACCGGCAGGACGAUCCGUGUGGAGUUCAAUUGAAGCGAGCUGAUUUUCACUCUCUACCCCGUUGUCACCCCUCAUCGAUUUCUCAACCUGAACCCACCACUCUUGAGGCCCACGCCCCUCUACUGGCUUCCCAGUCAGAUAUAUGUUUGAAUAGUGAGGGAGGAUCCUGCUACUAUAUCUGGCCAUCGGUCAAUUGAUGUAAAACAAAGAAUUGCUUUGCACCGAGUCAGCACGGAUACAGUGAAGGAAUUUUCAGAAAAGAAUAAUACAUAGGCUGUAGCGGAGGAGGAAUGAUUGUGAACAACUUCUCACUGUGCUACCACAACAAACUCAUCUUAGCCCCCAUGGUUCGGGUAGGGACGCUUCCAAUGCGGCUGCUUGCCCUGGAUUAUGGGGCGGACAUUGUUUACUGUGAGGAGCUGAUUGACCUCAAGAUGCUUCAGUGCAAGAGAGUUGUCAAUGAGGUUCUCAGCACAGUAGACUUUGUUGCCCCCGAUGACCGAGUUGUCUUCCGCACCUGCGCAAGAGAACAGAGCAGGGUUGUUUUCCAAUUGGGGACUUCAGAUGCAGAGCGAGCCCUUGCUGUGGCCAGGCUGGUAGAAAAUGAUGUAGCUGGUAUUGACGUCAACAUGGGCUGUCCAAAAGAGUAUUCCACCAAGGGAGGAAUGGGAGCUGCUUUGCUGUCAGACCCUGACAAGAUAGAGAAGAUCCUCAGCACUCUUGUUAAAGGGACAUGCAGACCUGUGACCUGCAAGAUUCGCAUUCUACCAUCGGUAAGGAAGCUGGAGGACACACUGAGCCUUGUGAAGCGGAUUGAGAGGACUGGCAUUGCUGCCAUCGCAGUUCAUGGAAGGAAACGGGAGCAGCGACCUCAGCACCCUGUCAGCUGUGAGGCCAUCAAAGCCAUUGCUGAAACCCUCUCCAUUCCUGUCAUAGCCAAUGGGGGCUCUCAUGACCACAUUCAAGGCUAUUUAGACAUAGAGGACUUUCGACAAACUACGGCAGCCUCUUCAGUGAUGGUGGCCCGAGCGGCCAUGUGGAACCCAUCUAUCUUCCUCAAGGAGGGUCUGCGGCCCUUGGAGGAGGUCAUGCAGAAGUACAUCAGAUACGCAGUGCAGUAUGACAACCACUACACCAACACCAAGUACUGCUUGUGCCAGAUGCUGCGAGAACAGCUGGAGUCGCCCCAGGGAAGGUUGCUCCAUGCUGCCCAGUCUUCUCAGGAAAUUUGUGAGGCCUUUGGCCUUGGUGCCUUCUAUGAGGAGACCACUCGGGAGCUGCAUGCCCGGCGGGAUGAGCUCUUAGCCCGGACCCCAGAGGAGGCAAGUGAGCCCGCUGAAGAUACCUCUGGUGUCAUUAAGAUAGCUGUCAAGUUUGACCGGAGAGCAUACCCAUCCCAGAUCACCCCCAAGAUGUGCCUGCUGGAGUGGUGCCGGAGGGAGAAGUUGGCACAGCCUGUGUAUGAGACGGUUCAACGCCCCCUAGAUCGUCUGUUCUGCUCUGUUGUUACUGUUGCUGAGCAAAAGUACCAGUCUACCUUGUGGGACAAGUCCAAGAAACUGGCGGAGCAGGCUGCGGCUAUUGUCUGUCUGCGGAGCCGGGGCCUCCCCGAGGGUCGGCUGGGUGAGGAGAGUCCUUCCCUACACAAGCGCAAGCGAGAGUGCUCUGACCAAGAUCCUGGAAGCCCCAGAGCUCAAGAGCCGGGACUGCCUGGGGAGCUGCGCAAAAAGCCCCUUGUGGCCUUGGGAAGUGGUGAAGAGAGCCUGCGGGAAGGCCGGUGACCACUGUCCCUGCCUGGUCACCUCCUCCACGGGCCUGGCCCUGAGAAGGCUGUGGGCACUGGAACAUGAACAGAUACCAUUGGGCAAUUUGCUGGCCCCACCUGGCAGAGUUAGAGGUCCUGGCCUGGGCCAUCUUCCUGGGGCACUGGCCAAGGAUUGCGCAGUAGUGGAUCCCAUCUCCCUUGGUGGGUCUAAGUGAUAGGACCAAGUUCUCAGUGACCUCAGUAUUUUCUUUGAAAACAGAAGCUUUUUAGGUGGCACCUUCCCCUUGAUAUCAGUACAAUGCAAUAAAGACACCCCACCCCCACCCAAUGCUGGCUGCUUUAGCCUUGGGCAAUUUAGCACACAGACAUGUGUCCUGGCAUAAUUAUUCUCUUCCCUGCCCUCGCCCUCUGUGUUUCCUGAAGCAUAUCCCCUACUCAUCCUUAUGGGUCUUAGUGGUAUGGGUGGUAUAUCACCUUUCAGGCUUACUGGACUUGAGCUGAGCCAGGAAGGCCCAAGAAGCCCAUUCUACUGAUGGUAAACCUGAGCACUAGGCAUCACUUGAUUUUCCUGAUGAGAGGUGAUACAGAAUCUGGGGGAAAGACUAGGGUAUCUGAUGCCCCAGAAAGGAUACAGCCCAGUGGAGUGAGGGGUGCUGGGCUUGACCCCCAAAGUCUUCUCCAAGUUUGAUAGCUGGCUGGAGCUCAGACCUGAUGAGGUGCCUGCUCUGGGCAGGGGGCACUGGUGGCCACUGAUGACAGUAGUUUGGGGCCCUUGGAAUAGCCUGCCCACACUACCCUCCCCCACCCCCCCACCAUCCCGCUUGGGGCGGAAGGAAGUGGCAGAUUCUGUUUAAUUUCCUCCUGGCAGUGAGAAGCAAACAACGGCUACCACAUCUUCUGGGGCCUCCCCCACUUCUGGGAGGGGCGUUCUGACCAAAGGUCCCUACCCUGCGCUGCUCCGGUUCCUCGGCUGUAAACACACUGCUGCUUCUCCUCUUUUCUGGGCUCUCUAGGGAAGGGGGGAUUCCCCCCCCGGGUCUAGGCCUGGGGCACAGGAGGAGCACUGCUGUCCCCCGUCCCCUUCCCUUCCCUGUUCCUGCCAUCACCCCUGGGGCAGCUUCAUUGCCCCUUGGCAACCCUGUAGAGGGCUCAGGCCCCAUGCCAGCCAGUAGUCCUUGGCCCUGCUGGCCUCUGAAUCAAGGGUUGGGCGGGUGAGGCCUCUGUCUAGUCUUGGUGCUGCCCCUCCCUGCUACACAUACUCGCUUUUCUGUGUGCCCAUAAAGAGAUAGCACUACCACCUGCCUGCCAGGGCCCAUUGCUGUUUGACCUUGGACAAGUCACUUCUGGUCCUCUUUGAGCCCAAGCACCUUCUCUGAGAAUGGGAUCAGAGGCUGGGUAAGGCUGGCUGGGAAAUAAAUAGGCUGACCUGUGAUAGGGUACUGCUUGGCUAAUGGGGUCACUGCAGGCUGAGGCUGCCUAACUUCUUAGAUCAGUGCUCUGAGAGCAGAGACCAGGAAAAGACACUUGAGGCUUAGUCCAGCCCCAGCCACCAAACUUUAGGCACCAUUUAUUUCUAAUUUGGCUUACUAAAAACUCUCAGUCAAAAUGCUUCCUGUGCUUUUCCUCAUAGUCCCACUAAAACAAGGCAGACAGAGGCCCUGGUGGACCCCCAGGUACCCUGGGCCAGUUAGAACCUUGGUGGGACUCUGUGGGGGCCCAGCACUGAGUCCCAAGAUCUACCUCCCUAGUGGGGCUGAGCUCUUGGCUUCAGACCUCUUUUCCCACCAAGGUCAUGUACCUGAGGAAGCCCUUACUCUGGCAUGAUCAAGUUCAUGUCUGGGCUAUGGGCAAAGACAGGCAGCGACAGAGGUCUACUGCUAAGAUAGAGGCUGGGGUGUGGGGG